UAUAUGUCAUCGGAAAAUAACAAGAACCGCUAGUUUAAAAAUUUCCUAGGAUAUUUAUAAACCUUCGUAGGAUUCUAAACGAGAGAUAAAUUGUAUUAAUUUACGCUCACAUUUUCGCAAAUUGAUAAACUUACGAAAAUCACGCGUAAAAUAAAAAGUAAGCAAUAACCAAACGCCACGUGCGCUCUGAUUGGUUGAAUAAGUCACGUGCUCCUUCUCCACCGCCAUUGUUCGCCACGGAACAUAAACAAACCGGCUGCUCGUGUGUUUUUAUAAAGUUUUUAAUGUUGUAACAGUGUUGGAACUGUGAAAAUAGUUUUAUUUUAGUAGGGUUACUAAACAAGACCCAUAAUGAGUGACCUAGAAGCUGCGGACAGCCAAAAUGGUGAAGAUAGUACGGUAAAUGCUAGAAAAAUUGUUGACGAAGUGAAAUUUACCACAGAGCUACGAAAGUUUUAUAGUGGCUAUAACCAAAAUAGUAAGAAGUCGGAAUGGACAGAGGAAAAAAUUAAAAAUGUAAUUAAAAUGAUAGAAAAUUUUAAUAAAGCUAAAGUUUUGGGACGUCGGCCCACAGACAAAGAAUACUAUCACGCCAAAAAGUAUGAUAUUAUGACUUUUAGUGACGAAAAAGUCUUGAUAGUGAAAAGGAAGUCUCAGCAAGAUCCAGUGGUACAAAUAGUUUCAAGCAAUCAAUACUAUCAACGAAUUCUCGAUGCACAUGUUGCUACAGGUCACGGACGCCGUGACAAAAUUAUUCACGCCUUGAAAGACAAGUACAUGGUUCCAGUAUUUGCCAUAAAUAUUUUUCUCCAAUUGUGCAAUACUUGUCUUUCCAAGAAAAGUUUCCCUAAAACUGGGAUAGUCGUAAAGCCACUCAUUUCCGAUGACUUCAAUAGAAGAGGACAGGUAGAUCUUGUGGAUUUUCAAUCAUCUCCAGAUGGGGAGUACAAAUGGAUGCUGCAGUACCAAGAUCAUUUGACCAAAUUUUGUUUUUUACGACCUCUAAAGAGUAAAGAAGCAAAAGAAGUUGCAAUAGAGAUUUUGAAGAUAUUUUUAGAAGUUGGUUGUCCCAUUAUCCUCCAAAGCGACAAUGGACGGGAGUUUACGGCAUCAGUAUUGAAAGAAAUUGUAAGCUUAUGGCCAGCUUGCAAAAUUGUGAAUGGAAGACCCAGAUAUCCCCAAAGCCAGGGAAGUGUAGAACGCUCUAACCAAGACGUGAAGAACAUGAUUCGGGCUUGGAUGGUGGAUAAUAAUUCCACUAAUUGGUCAAUAGGUUGUUACUUCGCUCAAUUCCAGAAAAAUUCGUCAUACCAUUCUACGAUUGGAAGGACACCGUUUAAAGCCCUUUUUGGAGAUGAUCCAAGAUGCGGUCUAACUUCUACGCGUUUGUCUAAGAAUAUAAUUUCUCAUUUUGAAAUGGAAGAGGAUUUGGAGAAGUUCUUAGAAACUACAAAUGACAAUGAACAUAAGACUGUAAAUGACGAUGAAAGUAUAACUUCCGAUCGAGAAAAUCUUCGUGAAACUCUUGAUAUUGCCACUGAGCCAAUUAUUAUGCCAGAAAACAUGACUGAGACUGAGAGAGUCAAAGUACUCAUAGUUGGCAGUGAAAGCACGGUCACAAAUACAAACCAUAUUUUGCACGACUUUGACAUGAUUGCACACGAAAUCGAAGUUGGCGAAUCAGAUAGAUUGUUUUGUCACAUAUGUAACAAGGAAUCAUCUGGAGCCCAUACAUGUAUUAAAUGUAAACUUAUCACACACGUAAUCUGUGGAGAGUCAACAGAAAAUAAUGACGAAGGAUAUGGUUCGCAGUUGAUAUGUAAUUUGUGCGCAAACGAAAUAAACAUCCUGAGAGAAAGGAAGGACUCGCACUUGAAUUUGAAAAGAGCAGCAGAAAAAAUGACAGCACAUUCAUCCAAAAAAUUCAGAAAUAUUGAUGUUGGUUCUACUGUGUUAGUCGAAGUUCCAAAAGUAGAUAGAGGGCCUUUAGAUAGCAAGAAUGUGGUCGGCAAAGUCAUAGAGAAAAGGAAUGAACUAUACAAAGUUGGCACUUCUUUUGGAGUCAUUAAUGACUGGUUGCCUCGAAACGCUGUCCUUCCAACCCCAGGAGAAAUUUUGAUUGAUGAUCUUUCAGAGACCAAGUUACCAUUAAGAAAAAUAGCUGCGAUGUCUUCCUCAUUUGGUGGGCAAGGAAUGAAGCAAUGCAACUGCAAAAAAUAUUCUAAGGGACAAUGUUUAUCGAAUAAGUGCAAUUGUAAAAAAGCUAAUAUUUUGUGUAAUUCGAGGUGCCAUAAAUCUUUGACGUGUUGCAAUAAGUAGAUAAUCGGGAACUCAAUUCCGUUGCGAUAUAAACUUUUAAGUUUCAAUUUCCUUAUUUUUUUAUUGUUUUGUUAAUUUGUUACAUGUUUUAAGCAUAUCCAUACUAAUAUUAUAAAUGCGAAA